CCUUCCCUCCUCCCCUCCCGCACCUCUCCUCCCUCCCUUUCCUGGGAAAGAGAGAAGGCAACGCUGCGGGUGGGUAGAGAAGCAGUCGGCGCCUCCGGGAGGGGACUGCGCCCGCCCCAUCUGAGUCCCGGAGCACGGCCAGACCAGGUUACACAAUGUUCUCCUAUGCUUGAGAUCUACAGACUACGUAUCCUACAAGAACUAAUCAAUGGUUUUUCAUCUUCUGGAAAUAAAAACGUAAAUAUGGUGCCAAAAGAACUCCUUACCUUAUUCUGACGACAGUUUAUUCGGCCACACUUUUGUAUUGAAGAGACGUGUACAGAUCCAAUUACUUGUGCAGAGACACUGUCGUGUAGGAUCAUGGACCAUCCUAGUAGGGAAAAGGAUGAAAGACAACGGGCAACUAAACCCAUGGCACAAAGGAGAGAACAUUGUUCCCGACCAUCCGGCUCAACAUCCUCUGGGGUUCUUAUGGUGGGACCCAACUUCAGGGUUGGCAAGAAGAUAGGGUGUGGGAACUUCGGAGAGCUCAGAUUAGGUAAAAAUCUCUACACCAAUGAAUAUGUAGCUAUCAAACUGGAACCAAUAAAAUCACGUGCUCCACAGCUUCAUUUAGAGUACAGGUUUUAUAAGCAGCUCGGCAGUGCAGGUGAAGGUCUCCCACAGGUGUAUUACUUUGGACCAUGUGGGAAGUACAAUGCCAUGGUGCUGGAGCUUCUCGGCCCUAGCUUGGAGGACUUGUUUGACCUCUGUGACCGGACCUUUACUUUGAAGACUGUGUUAAUGAUAGCCAUUCAGUUGCUUUCCCGAAUGGAGUAUGUCCACUCAAAGAAUCUCAUCUACCGAGAUGUCAAGCCAGAGAACUUCCUGAUUGGUCGACAAGGCAAUAAGAAAGAGCAUGUUAUACACAUUAUAGACUUUGGACUGGCCAAGGAAUACAUUGACCCUGAAACCAAAAAACAUAUACCUUAUAGGGAACACAAAAGUUUAACUGGAACAGCAAGAUACAUGUCUAUCAACACGCAUCUUGGCAAAGAGCAGAGCCGACGCGAUGAUUUGGAAGCCCUGGGCCAUAUGUUCAUGUAUUUCCUUCGAGGCAGCCUUCCCUGGCAAGGACUCAAGGCUGAUACCUUAAAAGAAAGAUAUCAAAAAAUUGGUGACACCAAAAGGAAUACUCCCAUUGAAGCUCUCUGUGAAAACUUCCCAGAGGAGAUGGCAACGUACCUGCGAUAUGUCAGGCGAUUAGACUUCUUUGAAAAACCUGACUAUGAGUAUUUACGGACGCUCUUCACAGACCUCUUUGAAAGGAAAGGCUACACCUUUGACUACGCGUAUGAUUGGGUUGGGAGGCCUAUUCCCACUCCGGUAGGGUCAGUUCAUGUAGAUUCUGGUGCAUCUGCCAUAACUCGAGAAAGCCACACACACAGGGAUCGGCCAUCACAACAGCCUCUACGAAACCAGACUGCAUCGUCAGAGCGCCGAGGAGAGUGGGAAAUCCAGCCGAGCCGGCAGACCAAUACCUCAUACCUGACGUCUCACUUGGCCGCAGACCGCCAUGGGGGAUCAGUGCAGGUGGUUAGCUCAACCAAUGGAGAGCUGAAUGUUGACGACCCCACGGGAGCCCACUCCAACGCACCCAUCACCGCUCACGCCGAGGUGGAGGUAGUGGAGGAAGCUAAGUGCUGCUGCUUCUUUAAGAGGAAAAGGAAGAAGACCACCCAGCGCCACAAGUGACCAGUGCCUCCCCGGAGUCCUCAGGCCUUGGGGACUCUGACUCGAUUGCACCCGCAGCUCCUGCCAUUUCUCAUUGGAAGGGAUUCCUCUGUGGGGGGAGGGUGGAGAUCCAAACCAAAAAGAAGAAAACAGAUACCCCCAGAAGAAGCCCGUGUGGGCAGCCAGGGCCCAGUGGGUCAGUGGCCACCCCUACCUGCCUAAGGCUCUGAGCAGGUCCCAGAGCCACCGGUCUCCACCGCUUGCCCUCUGGGCCGCCUGGCUGACUCUCCUUCUAUUGUUUACAGUGACGGUGUCAUUCACAGAAACUCAAGGACUACUGUUCUCUUCCCACCCGUUAGUUACUCCUGGCUCUUGCCCCACCCUCAACCCUCUCCAGCACACAAGCUAAGGAGCUGAAGGCUUUGUUUGCGGAAGGAGUUUAAGAGGCUUGGGGUGUGGCCAGGAAGGUGGGAGGGAGGCGCAGGCCAGAGCGGGAGAAGGACCUUCUCCGCCCACCAGGUGUGUUGGCGGCAACGCAGCUCCCUCCGCGCCUGUGCAGCCUCCACCCCCAGCGGGCCAUGGGGUGCAGGUUACUCCCUCCUUCCCUCUUGUGAAGUUACACUGUAGCACGCAAGCUGUGAGGAAUCUGCAGUCUACUGUCCCUGCGUGUCUGCGCUCUCAGCUUUCUUAACAAGUGAACUCUGUUCUCCAGUCAUAGUAGAACGUUGCAAGUUGUCCUGAGCAAAGGAAAAGACUGACUUUAUUGCACUUUUAGGUUUUUUUUUUUUCCCCUCUUUUUCGUUGUCGUUGUUGUUUUAACACACACACACAAAAACCAUGGCAGAUGCAUAUUGUGUCUGGUUAUAUUGGGAUUUUUUACUUUUUUUCUGUUUGGAGGGGGAUGGGGCCAGUCAAGCCAUGCAAAGAGAACAUGGGUCCAGAGGACAUUAUCCGUGGAAAGAGUUGGGUCUGCAGCACCCGGGAAGAAAAGAAGCCAAACUCUGUGCCCUUCUGAGUGAACACUCAGGUUAGCAGGGAAACAUACUUGAAUUUUCAUUCGUCUUCUCGGCUGCUGAAGAAUGUCCCUCCCAGAGCCUCUUGACCUCAUCAGCCUGCAGUUUGGACAGCCUCACUCUCCAGCACGUGGGAGGAGCUGUCCAAGCCAGACUGCAACCAGGAGACAGUUCAUCCCAGAGAAGGAGAUGCUUAACAAAACCGGAAAUACCUGUUUUGUCCACUGCCAGGGACUUCCAACUAGAUAGCCAUGUGACUUCUUCAGUGACUUGGGGGACAGAAUUAGUAAUGAAACCACCACCACCAUAUUGCCACUUAGUGGACAAGGAGGAGGAAAGUGAUCCUGCCUUCCACCUGCCAGAGGAAACCUCAGGAUUUGGCUCAUCACGGGGGCCAUGAAAUAAAAUUGGUGUGUACUCUCUGCCCCAGUAGAUGGGUUACAGCAUUUGGGCUGGCCUGCCUGCCUUACCAGAAACCAAGCAUCUGCAGAUCUUCUUCCAACAGGUCCACAGCAGCAGGCUUAGGACUCAGUACAUGGGGCUCUAAGUGAACAGGAGUGUAGGGCUGGUUACUGCUGGAAAAUUCCAGGGGAAAGGAGACCGAAAUGAAAGGUAUGGAGUCAUCUUCUCACUUGGACAUUGACUCCUGCUAGAUAAGACAGCCACGUGUCUACAGCCUGUUCUCGCCAGUCCACUCUCCACGUUCCCCCAUGCUAUUGACAGGACAUGCUGCCUUGAAGUGUCUCAGUUCCUCAUUCACUGCUUGAAAAGUCAUCAGUGUGUGGAGUUAAUCUCCUCAUGCUUGAUUUUCAUUUGAGUUGAGUGACUUAUCCAAGUAGUGAUUUCUCAUUCCAGAGAAGACUGAGGAGAAAGGAUUCAGUCCAUCAGAGAGUGAGGUCUUGUAUCUGGGGGUAGAGAGAGCUAACCAUGGGGGAUAGUGACUGGUGACUUAGUCUGGGGGUUUGGGGAACAUAGUAGUGCCUCUGGCUUGAAGUAUAGAGCUGUCUUUUGGACUGGAGGGUGUGGGCCUACUUUCUGGUGGUUGAUAUUUUCCGUGACAGGUUCCUUGAUGUAUCUUACGUGGAACAGAGUUACUGGGCUUCACUUGUGUUCCACUGGGCCUUGGCUAGCCACUUCAUUGGCUUCAAACUUGCCUAGCUUAUGUAAAGAUUGUGAUCUUUCAUUUUUUAAAAGAAAUUUUCCUGUAAAUAAAACAGAAUGGCUGGGAGAUUCAGGGACACACCCCUUCCCCACAAUAAAUUUGAAUAUUGGGGUUUGCUUCCUUGACAUUAGCUGGUGGUUCAGGCACUGUCACUGAAACUUACAUAGUUUCUCAAUUGGCAUUUGGGUAACUUCUCAAUUUGGGUAACUCUAACUUCCUGUACAGAAUCUUUAACUUCCACAUCCCAGUAUAGAAAAGCCUUGCUUCUCAAGGGAGGGCAAGGGCAAGUGGCGAAGUCUGGAGCGUCCCUGGCCCUCCAUACUCCACUAAGUGCCUCCCCACUUCCACAAGGAAAGCAAAAGGUAGUUCCCAGCUUGGCUACAGGGCGGGCCCUCUUGAAGCUGGAUUUAUGACUUUUGGGGGGUCUUAAGUUUGUUUUAAACGCUGCCUCUUGGGGGACUGAACCUGAGCAGUUGUGGGGGGUUCUUCUUAAUGCACUAUUCUCACCCUCAGCCUCUCACAAAUCUAUCAGAUAUUUUAUUUUUCAUAACAAAAGUGAAACACCCAGAUUUUUCUGGCAUGCCAAGUAAUGGUGAUCCUCCCAGGGCCAUUGGCACUCCAGGGUGGUUCCAGACCCCUGAGAUAUUCUGUUAUGAUCAUUUAAAAAGAGUACUUAAGGAGUAAUUUGGCCAUCAGUUCCCUCCCCAUCAGCACAUCCUAUUAGGGCUGCCUCAGCCCUGUUGCUAUCGUUGUUUACCUCCAUUUCUCGGCCAGGUCCUCUGGCAUGGGCAUUCCCUCCACCUACCACCCACCCAAAUCCGCUUGCUCCAUAGUCCGUACACUUCCCCACUUCACAGCCGUGAUACCUAGGGGUCUUCUUCAGUACUGAUGCAGUUGUUGCUGAGUUAGCAUUAAGCACUAACAACAGCUGGGGUUCUCCCAAGCCCUGCCAACCUUCAGGCAUUGCAUCCUGAACAGAUCGAGGCAAGCAGGCCAGGAAUCCACCAAGAUGUAAAUGGUCCUCCCUUGUGAUCAGAGUGUGACAGUCUAAGCACGUAAGGGUCAGCCGCUUGCUGUGCAUCCCUUGGCAUUCCCCAGUGAUCUUGCUCCAGAUGGCUCCCCAAGAAUGGAACGUGUGCCAGUAGCAGUGUGCUCUCACUGCCUUCAUUAACAUGCUCCUGCCAUUUGGGGUCGUCCAGGAGGAAACAGGGUCUGGGAAGGUACAAAGUCAGGUGACUAGGCUGGCCGUCAAUUAAAGCCCUGCUGUACUUUGAAAUGCAGGGGCAACAGAUAGCAGGAUUUUGAGUUUUCCAGGAGAAGGGUUGAUUGCCUGUUCAUUCUCAGUGAACUCCAAGUUCAUAGAAAUAGCUCCUGUCAGCCAGAAAAGGUGUCCGUCGCCUUGAAAGUACCUUCCAACUUAGUUCACUGGAAAUGUACAUUGGGAGUACAUAUUCAGUGUUGGUUCUCAGUGUUAGUAAUCACUUUUGUUGUCAGGAAUAAGUGGGGGUAACGUUAUGUCAGAGUGGUUACUAAAGAUCAUAGCCUUAACCUUUUUUAUGCAAAAGACAACCCGUCUCUCUUCCAGUGAGCAGCAUGGCCUGCAGUUUUCAAAAAGAAGUGCUUUCAUGGCAGCCUAGAAAGUAUCUCCUCUAAGAAAAUUGAUCUUUCAUUUAACGUAUGUCUACAUUCCUCCUGUGUCCCAGUCACCUCUUCUGUUUCCAUAUUGACACCAGAUUUCAUUCUCAGUGAACUGCUCUGCCAGUGCUGUCUCCAGUGUCAGAGCCACGUCAGGGCUGGAACUUCUCAGAUCAGGAGCUUGCGGUGCCAUACAGCCAGCAUUGCCUUUGCAAGGCCACUGCCACCAUCCCCACCAUUGAUCCAAGGUGGGCAGAUGAAUUCCAGAAACCUUUAGGGGGCCAGGAUGACUCGGCACCCCAUCUGGAUUGACGUGAGCAACAGGCACUUUUCUCUGGGGUUCUUGCUUUUGCCAACUCCAGGGCUCCAGGAAGGUCCUGCCUAGAGGCUGACAGCCAGUGACUCCCAAUCUUCCUCCUUACGGAUUGCUAGGAAUCAAAAUAGGAUGCCUGUGGGUUGUAUUUUUUUGGUGUGGAAAGGGAGUGAUUUUGUUUAUGAAUAAGGAAACCAUGACCCCUUUGAGGGUUUGCAGCGUCUUAAGCAGUGUUUUAGCCACAAGUAAGGAAUCUUGGAAAUCUUUGAUCAAUUAAGCAGUCUUAAAAAUCUGUUUUUUCCUAAUUCCUUUUGCAGGUGACUGAGUGCAAAAGAAUAGAUUUCUCCACUGUAUUCAAAAUAGUAAGUAGGUUCCCUGGAUAUAGACAGUAGUAGUUGACAUAUUUCCUUAAAAAAGCAACCAGGAAAUCCACUCCAAUGUGUAUUUGUAGCUCAGCUUGUAUUACAAAGGAAAAAAGUGAAUGUGUACUCCGUAUAUUUCUAGUUUGGUUACCAAACUCCAUGUUAUAAAAGAACCUCAGUUCUGUGGAUGGAAUUUAUUUUGCUGUUGUUCUUGUACUCCUCACGAUCAUCUUCCCAGUGCCAUCACCACCUUUGUCCAUGGUAAGAAGCAGGGAUGCCAUGCAGCCGUCCCAGUAACACACAAGAGGACACCUGUCCUGACUGCCCCUUUCCCGCAAAUCCCCUCUUUCAGAGCAGGUGAGACAUUUUCAGUGUUCCCCUUCAUGAGCUUCAGACCAAAUCCCAGGCCAGCUCUUACACCGAAAGCUUUUCUAAGAGGCUUAUCGAUCUGUUAGGAAUGUCUCAGGAAGAUGAGCCAUUUCUUGGGGGGAAGGGGUGGGGGAAGGGGAGGACUAUACAGAUGGGUGUGUGUGGUUGCAUUUGUAUGCGUGUGUGUGUGUGUGUGUGUGUGUUUGCACAUGCCAGCGCUCAUCUGUGUCCAUUUCAUUUCCAUAGACUCACAGCCCACCUUAAAAAAAAAAAAACAGUCCAGGCUGCUGGACCAUGUGUUCCUGAGUAUUUUCAGAAGUAAACAAGAAACGAGUGAGUUUCUAGUGUAGCAGCAAGCUCUGGGAAUGAGCCCCAUUUAUCAAGCAGAAGAGUUAACAGCAGAAAAAAAUGAAAUGAAACCAAAAAUAUUAUAAGCUUCCCCCCCCCCCCCC